UUGUGUUGGGUGGUGAUGCGGUUUCGUUGACUGAUGUUCCAUAGCCGUUAGUCGGCUCGUGCUAAAACUCAGUAUAUUGAGGAAACGUGUGUGGUGAUAUUUGAAAUGCCGUUGGAAAUGUUGGCGUUUAUGUCUGAAACCUCAGACUGCAAUCUUCCCUCUAACUUUAAUCUUUUCCUUUAAAACAAAAGGUAGACGAUUAUUCGGCGUCGAUGGGAAAUGAGUGUUCAUUUUUUUUCUAAUAUUGAGUUUUGUGUUAAUUUGUCAAGAGGAAAGAUGAUUGUGGUCUGAGAGCUUUCCAUAGGAAUUCGAGUCUGCUGCGGGAAGAAGGCGGUUUUCCGAAAGUGAUGUAGGCGCUGUAAUUAAAAUCAAAAUUUUGUGCUGAAAAUGAACUUGGUGACGUAUUGGUCGCUUUGCAAAUGAUCAAGAUCUAAGCACCUCGAUUUACUAUGGAUACUUCGAGAUUGGAUUUCACUUCCAUUUAGGAUGCUGAAAGUGGGAAUACGGCUCCUGGCAACAACGGUGGAUUUUACAGUUUAAGAUAAACCUUUGAUUUUUUUUGGUUUUUUUGAAAAUGGAGACCGAUUUUACAACGCUCCUUGAGCAGUUUAUGUCUGAUCCUUUGGUAACUUGGGUGAAGACUUUCGGGGCGUUAGCUCCAGCAAAUGGAGGAGCACUUUUGGAAUACAUGGAGUUGGUUGAUGGCAUCUUCCUCAGUAACAUCAUGGUUCAAAUUAAUCCUAAAUCAGAAAAUCAAAGGCUGAACAAGGAAAUAAACAAUGAUUUGUCUCUCCGAAUUCAGAAUUUAUCCAGUUUGGUGCAUCAUAUUAAAUUGUAUUAUCAGGAGACUUUACAGCAGUUAAUUAUGAUGUCUCUACCAAAUGUCCUUGUCCUGGGGCGAACCCCCCUCACAGAACAAGGCAUUGAAGAGAUGAAAAAACUACUUCUGCUUCUGCUAGGCUGUGCUGUUCAGUGUGAACGAAAGGAAGAAUUUAUUGAGAGGAUAAAAAAUCUUGAUUUUGAUACAAAGGCUGCUGUUGCAACUCAUAUUCAAGAGGUGACUCACAAUCAAGAAAAUGUUUUUGAUAUGCAGCAGUGGAUGGAAUUAGCUGAUCUCUCCCGUGAAGACCUUAAUGUCUUUUUCAAAAAAAUGGCAAUUAAUCUGAAAAGACUUGUGGAUGAAAGAGAUGAGCAAUGUGAGAUCAUGUUACAUCUUGCACAAGAACGUGACAGCAAUCAGUCUCCAGUCCACGGAAUAACUCAGUCACCUACUGGAUCCCCAGGCAUGCAGCGUACUGAGACCCGACAGCAUUUGUCUGUUGAACUGGCAGACACAAAAGCGAAACUCAGACGGAUCAGGCAAGAAAUGGAGGAGAAAACUGAGCAAUUGUUGGAUUUUAAACAGGAGGUGGAACAGAUGGAAGUUGAACUAAAAAGACUUCAACAAGAGAACCUGCAACUUCUGUCAGAUGCUCGUUCUGCUAGGGCAUAUCGUGAUGAGCUUGAUUCGUUACGUGAAAAAGCAAUUAAAGUUGAAAAGCUUGAAAGUGAAGUUAUACGGUAUAAAGAUCGGCUACAUGACGUGGAAUUUUACAGAGCAAGAACAGAGGAGUUAAAAGAAGAUAACAAAAUCUUGUUAGAGACAAAAAUAAUGUUGGAAGACCAACUUGAGGGAGCCCGAGCACGUUGUGACAAAUUGCAUGAAUUCGAGAAAGAGAAUCUACAGUUGAUGGCUAAAUUACAUGAUAUGGAGAUGGUACAUGACACAGAUAGAAAGCGUAUUGAAGAGUUAAUGGAAGAAAACCUCAGUCUUGAAAUGGCUCAGAAACAGAGCAUGGAUGAAUCAUUACACUUGGGUUGGGAACUAGAACAGUUAUCCAAGACCACUGAAGUAUCUGAGGGGGCACACAAAUCCCUGAGCCAGGAAGUGAAUGAAUUGACCUCAAGUCGUUUGCUUAAGAUGGAGAAAGAAAACCAAUCACUGCUCAAAACUGUAGAUGAACUUCGCAGUGUCAUGGAUUCCGCAGAUGGCAGUAACUUUAAGAUCCUGGAGCUAGAAAAGGAAAACCAGAGACUUAAAAAAAAGAUGGAGAGACUCCAGGGAGAGAUCAGCAAUGAAAAACAAAGUAUGCAAAAUGUUGAAAUACUCAGCAAUGAUCUUAUAAAAGAGAAGACCCAGCUUGAAAAAGCCAUUGAAACCAUUCGAGAAAAUACAGAGGGACAAAUCAAAGUAUUGGAGCAGGAAAAUGAACAUUUGAAUCAGACCAUUGCGUCCCUGAGGCAACGUGCACAAAUCAGUGCAGAAGCUAAAGUGAAAGAUAUUGAGAAAGAAAACAAUAUUCUACAUGAAUCUAUUAGGGAAACAAGUGGCAAACUGAACAAAUUGGAGUUGGAGAAGAAACAAAUCCAAAAGGAGUUAGAAUACUAUAAAGAGAAAGGAGAAAGGGCAAAGGAACUUGAGACUCUUCUGAGCCACUUCAAAAGAGAAAAUGAACAGUUGCAAAAGAAGGUUACUACUCUAAUAAUUACAUGUGAAAAAGUCGAAGUCCUGGAACAGGAGAACUCUGAUCUAGAAGUGGAAAACAGAAAGCUGAAAAAGACUUUGGAUAGCUUGAAAAACCUUACAAUGCAGUUAGAUAUAUUAGAGAAAGAAAACAACCAACUUGAUGAAGAAAAUUUACAAUUGAGGAGGACAGUGGAGAGUUUGAAGUCUAAUAGUGUCAAGUUGGCACAAUUAGAACUAGAGAACAAAGAACUGGAAAAUGAAAAAGAACAACUAAACAAGAGCCUGGAUCUCUUGAAGGCUUGUAACAAAAAAACUGAACGUUUGGAAGUAAGUUAUCAAGGACUUGAUUUAGAAAAUCAUAGGCUCCAGAAGACUCUAGAAAAUAGCAGCAAAAAAAUUAAUCAGCUGGAAAAUGAAUUACAGGACUUAGAAACAGAAAACCAGAGCUUGCAAAGAAAUCUGGAAGAACUAAAAAUUUCCAGCAAACGGUUGCUACAAUUAGAGAAGGAGCACAAGCUGCUGGAGCAAGAGACUGUCCAACUGGAGAAAGACAAGAAGCAGCUUGAAAAGGAAAAUAGGAGACUGCGCCAACAGACUGAGAUCAAGGACUCAACACUGGAUGAAAACAACAUGACAAUUUCUAAUCUUGAAAAAGAAAACAAAUUACUUGUGAAAGAAAUCAACAAAUUCAAAGAUCUUCAUGGACGACUGAAAGAUUUAGAAAAAGACAAUAAAGAGCUAGUUAAACAGGCAACUAUUGAUAAGAAGACUCUAGUGACAUUAAGAGAGGAGCUUGUAAAUGAAAAAUUAAAUACUCAACAAAUGAGUAAUGACUUGGAGAAAUUGACUCAUGAACUGGAAAAAAUUGGGUUGAACAAGGAGCGCCUUCUUCAUGAUGAGCAAAGCACAGAUGAUAGCAGGUAUAAACUUUUGGAGUCCAAGUUAGAAAGCACUCUAAAAAAGUCUCUUGAAAUAAAAGAAGAGAAAAUUGCCAGUCUUGAAGCACGAUUAGAAGAAUCAACAAAUUUGAACCAGCAACUACGGCAGGAAUUAAAGACGGUGAGAAAAAACUAUGAAGCUCUCAAGCAGAGACAAGAGGAGGAAAAAAAUGUGCAGUGUCUGCAAGGUAGACCUGGUGAAGAAAAACAGACUACAAGAAAAUGGGAGCGAGAGAACCAAGAAGUAACUCGCGAACUGUUGAAGGUUAAAGAUAGACUAAUUGAGGUCGAAAGGAAUAAUGCGACUCUUCAAGCUGAGAAACAAGCCUUGAAAACUCAGCUGAAACAGCUAGAAGCCCAAAAUAACAACUUGCAAGCUCAAAUUCUUGCACUUCAGCGACAGACAACAUCUUUACAGGAGCACAAUACCACCUUGCAAACACAGAAUGCCAAGCUCCAGGUGGAACAUUCUACUCUUAGUUCUCAAAGUGCAUCCUUGAUGACUCAGAACUCUCAGCUUCAGAAUCAGCAGUUGUCAUUGGAGAAUGAAAAUGAAUCAUUGAUAAAGGAAAAAGAGGAGUUGAAAUUACAGUAUGAUUCACUCAUCAAGGAUCACGAGAAACUAGCUAAAUUACAUGAGCAUCAGGCCACAGAAUAUGAGUCCCUCAUCAACAAACAUGGAAGUUUGAAAUUUGCUCAUAAAAAUUUAGAAGUUGAUCAUAAAGAACUUGAGGACAGAUAUAAUGAGUUGUUGAAGCAAAAAACCCAGUUGGAGGAGUUGGAGACAAUUUUGAAAAAAGAACAAGAGAAAAUGCACCAUGAGGUAGAGAAACAUGAGACCAUGAUGCACAAGUACCAGAAGCUUCAAAAUGAAAAUGAAAGGUUGAACCAAAUACACAACCACUUGUUAAAGGAGAAUGAAGGAUUGCAGUUGGACCACAAGAAUCUUAAAAGCUUACUGAAUGCUGCAAAACUAGACCAUACUCGUUUGGAAGCUGAAUUUGCAAACCUGAAGGAACGUUACCAACAGUUGGAUAUCAAUUCCACUAAAUUAAACAACCAAUGUGAGCUACUGAGCCAAUUAAAAGGGAAUCUUGAGGAAGAAAAUCGACAUUUGCUCGACCAAAUCCAGACAUUAAUGCUGCACAACAAGUCAUUGUUAGAACAGAGCAUGGAGAGUAAGGAUCUGUUCCAUGUGGAACAAAGACAGUACAUUGAUAAAUUGAAUGAACUUCGACGACAGAAGGAGAAACUUGAAGAGAAGAUCAUGGAUCAGUAUAAAUUUUACGAACCAUCACCACCUCGAAGAGAUCCACUCCUUUCUUCCAGACGAGGGAACUGGAUUGCAAUAAAGAUGAAGAAAUUAAUAAAACACAAGAAGGAGGGAAACCGAGAACGUGUCAAAUCUCUCUCAAGCACUCCAACCAGAUCAGAGUCAAGUGAUGGAUUUCUUCAGUUGCCUCAUCAAGAUAGUCAAGACAGCUCUUCUGUGGGUUCUAACUCUCUUGAAGAUGGUCAGACAAUGAAAAAGAGCAGCAUGGCUGCACUGAAAAGGCUGCCCUUUAUGAGGAACAGACCGAAGGACAAAGACAAAAUGAAGGCCCUCUACCGUCGCUCCAUGUCCAUGAAUGAUCUGCUCCAGUCUAUGAUCUCAGCAGGCGCACAAUGGUCAGGUAGUUCUGAAAAUUUGGAGGAACCUAAUGAAGUGACUACUGGACAAAGGAGGACAGACUUGGGAUCCAUGGCAUUUUCCACAACAGCUAUCAAUCUAGCUGCAAAUUCUUCUGGCUUCAGAGCCAAACAAAGACUUAAGCCUAAAGGUGUAGCUUCAAACGAAGAUUUGCCAGCUCCUGGACCUAACUUCGACAAUUGUAGCACUGGAUCAAGAAGUCGAGUGCUAUGUUCCAACGUGUCCAAUUGGACUGCCUCGAAAAUUCUUGGCUUUCUGAUCUCUUCCAGACCAGCCAGCCUUGAUAGUAGCAGGACAUCCAGUAGCAAUAACAAUAAUAAUGCUUCAGCUCACGAUGUAAAAGGUGCAGUUAAUGGCAGCCGCAGUAGAUCCCAAAGUCACAGCAGUGGAGAAUAUGGUCCAAUUUAUGAUGAUCAAGUAUUGUUGAGCAGCAGCCUUCAAUAUAAUCAUCAUAUACAAAACUUGGAAAAAGACAACUCAUCCUUCCAGCAUGAAGAACCUAGAAGUGAUGGAACCCAAGCUCAUUCUCAGCAAAGAAAUAAAGCCACAUCACCUGGAAGUGAAGUAGUUACCUUGCAACAGUUUCUGGAUGAAAGCAACGUAAACCAAUCCCCAGAGGUCCAUUCUGAAAGCCAAGACAAUAUUUUCGAUGAUGUUUUCACAAAAAUCACAGAUUUUCCUGAACUGGUUGGAACCGAGAAAUUGAAUCAAGAAGUUAUCAAUAAUGGUGCUACUGUAAAAUCAUCUGGAGGAAGAGAGAUUGCAGAUUCUUUUAUUGGCAAAUUACAAAAGUCUGAACAAUACAUGUGGCCAUGUAUUCGGAAAUCAGACCGUAUCUCUGUUACAAGCAGUGCAAUAGAGCCAACCAUUGUAAACCAAGGAAAGACUGUGUCAGUCAGUGAACUGCCAAUUAUGCCACAACGACCAGCUCAAACAGACUGCUGCAGUUCUCCUAUUCUACCCCGUGCAAGUCAUGUGAUCUCUACAGCAGAGGGGUCGAAUCGAAGAACAAGCAUUCAUGAAUUCAUGUCGCGAGAUAAUAGAGCACCUGUAUCAAUAGAUCCUUCUCCAGGCAAGGUGGUAACGAGCGCUCGGACUUUACCCAAUGUGGGAUCUGUGCAGGAACUCAGAAGUGCACAAGGCAAAACUGAGGAGCAACAGAGCUCCUAGAUGUAAAUGUUCUUCAUCUUGUGAUUGGGGUACGGUGAAAGAAAAGUGUCCUUCAAACUGUCAAUUUGAAACCUAUAGUGCAGAAGCACCAAGACUGUCUCCAUAAAGAAAUAUUACUAAAGCAUUAAAUGAUGAGAACUAUUCAGUGACCUCUCUUCAGUAAGCAGAAUGAGACAUUUACUGUUCCUUGAAUCAAGGAGCACAGUUGGACUCCAGUGUUGUUAUGAAAUACUUCCAGAGUAAUGAUUUUUGGGUAGUUCCAUAGUUUUUCACCAGAGUUCAUUUAAAUUCUACAAGAAAAUUGAAUACAAUUUAGAUGCUAUGAACAGUUUUAUAUACUGUUUGUUCAGCUGACUUUUAAGAACAAGACACACCAUAUUUCAGUUUGUUUUAAUUUUUCAUUAAAGCUUUUAAACAAACUCUGUGGUGCUUUUAUUAUUUGCAAGACUGCAGACACAAGCAGUAGUGUUGUGGAGCUACACUGCAUCCUACAUAAAAUCACAUAGCUUAUGGUAUCUUGCACUAACUACCUUUGGGUUUUUACAUACUGCAUGAUGUAUGCCAAUAGCAAUGUGAUGUUAUGUUAAGAUUUAUAAUACCGUAACGCUUAUUUUUGGCAUGUAAUCUAAGACUGAAGUAUAUAAUGUAAAUGGAUCUUCACCAUAGAAUUGCAACAUUGUAUGUCUGUCAUUCUUGAUAUCUAUGUGCAAAUUGGAUUUUGUAACAGCCUCUUUAACUUAACUAUAAGAGCACAAAGUGUGCAAUAUUUUUUGACUGCUGGCAAAGAUUCUGUCAUGUUGAAUUUCUGACAAAAACAACUGACACACUGCAUUGUCAUUUACACUGUUAAUUUUAGGAAGAAUGAAUUUUUCAGUUCCAUAGUUGUUUGAAAUAGAUUUGUUGUUUGUUUUAUAAUCCUAAAGCAUUAGUAAAAAAUUUUUUAACUCCCAUUUAAUUUUGUACACAUUACUGUCUGGAAAAUAACCAUGUACAAAUUGAAUAUAUACGUACUGACUGAGUAGAAAGCUACAGCAGAAAUACAUUCUCAAGAAUAGUUGCAACCAACAUUUGUUGAAGUCAUGUUUAGAUUUUGUUUGAAAAAGCAAAUAAUCUCAUGUUUUUGGCAGAUUGUAACUUUUGUUCGUUAGCAUACAGGAGUUUUUCUUUUAUAUCCUGCAAUCAGCUGACAUUCAGAAGUAUUUUGCGUAUCUGUGCAGAGUCUAAAUGCGCUGAUUUAGUUGUAAGCCCUUAGUGUUUAGUAUUUUAACAAGUUAUUUUUGUACAAAAUGUUCCCUUAUAAGAGACCAUAAAUUGUUUAUCUUGUGCAAGAUUUGAAUUUAAAAGUAUUUAAGAUUGUUAUUUUCAGAAUUUUGUUUACAUUAUUCAAUCAUAAAUAACCGUUUAUAGAUACUGUAUUGAAAAGCUGGUGUCUAUGUCAUAGAUUUUUUUUAAAAGAACAUCACAGCAUGCUAAUGUAGUGAAUCAGAAGGUACUGAGACAGUGCCUUUGCUUUUUGAUAUCCUAAUUAGAUUUUCAUCUUGAGUGUCUAAAGUAACUCAUACUAUUGGUUUAUUUAUGUACAGCUUAAUAAAACAGGUGUUAACUGCUGUUUCCUUACUGUUCUAAAA